CAGGACGUAGUCAAACGGGUGUCACCCGAUUGUUUAGCUCAAUUUUUUUUACAUACUUUAUCUCUUUUUUUUCUUUCUAACAUGAAGGAAAAAAGAGAAAAAAUGAACGGUGCAAGAAAUCAACUAACAGAUAGUCCUGCAGUCAGCACAAGUCGAUGAGUUGGAGGUUAUUUACAACGCGAGAUAUAAACGAGCGUUCGUUGGAAAUUUUAUGAAACGAAUAGAUUUACAAGUUAGAGAUGUCAAUCCUGAAAAUUUUUUGCACCAUCAUUUUAACUGCUUGCAUCACGAACGGCAACGAGUCCGGUUUUUGUGAGAUAUCCAACGAAUGUACCAAGGAUGUGGAAACAGGCUCCGCUCAAAACCGCUUCACUGGAAAACGUUAUAUUCUUUACGAUGUGAAUCCCGCAGAAGGCUUUAAUCUGAGGAGAGAUGUGUACAUUCGUGUCGCUGUUUUCCUAAAAAGACUGAUCGAAAAGGAUAAAGAGUUUCAAUGGCAACUAGUUUUACCACCAUGGGGUAAAUUAUAUCAUUGGCAAAGUAAAAAUAUAGGAUCUCAGGAGCGUCUACCUUGGAGUACCUUUUUUGAUAUUACAAGUUUACAACAAUAUAUACCAGUUAUUGAGAUGUAUAAAUUUAUGGAAGAGUACUCACAAGGCAGAGAGAUACAACUUGAUUGUCUAUACAUUCUUCAAAAUGAUGAGGAAAUGUUCAAGACAGGUAAAUUUGAGGAUAAGAAUGAACUGGUGGACUGUGAUCAUGACUCUUUACGAUAUCAUAAACUGGGACAACAUUUGUAUAGUGGCCCAUUCUGGGGCUAUUAUAAUAUUACUGUUCGAAAUGUGAAGUGUCUCAAGUUCCAUGGCAUGGCAUAUGAUCUCUCUCAAAAUCUCAUGCCAAUGCAAUACAGAUCCGUAAUGUUUGAUCACAUGGAGAUAGCUUUACAUGAUGAAUAUGGAUCUAGAGAAUACUGGAGGGCUCGACGCAGUAUGCGUUAUAAUUUUGAACUUUAUGAUAUUGCAGAAAAUUACAGGAAAACUUUUUUGAAUUCUACAAAUGAAGAUGCUAACACGAAACGACCCAUAAAUUGGAUUGAAGAAAAAUCUCGGCGAAAUGCAAAGGGCGGACCGUAUCUGGCGGUUCAUCUUAGGAGACGUGAUUUUGUCAUAGCUCACAAGGCAUCAGUGCCGACAAUAAUGGAUACUGCCUUGCAAUUACAAAAAAAUAUGGAUAAGUUAGGAUUAAGCCUAUUGUUUGUUGCAACAGAUGCAGAGCAAAAUGAGUUUGAAGAACUCAAGUCAUAUUUACCUCAAUACAAAGUCAUGAAGUUUGUACCAUCUAAUUAUGUGAUAAAUAAAUUUAAAGAUGGUGGAGUCGCGAUUAUUGAUCAGAUAAUCUGUUCAUAUGCCAGAUAUUUCAUUGGAACACAUGAGUCAACAUUUACAUUCAGAAUACAAGAAGACAGAGAGAUUAUUGGUUUUUCAUCUAAAACUACAUUUAAUAAAUUAUGUAAGACUAAUCAAAAUUGCAAAGUAGAUGGAUUUUGGUCAAUUGUUUGGUAAUAUGCUGUUUUGGUAACAUAAAAUUUAUAAUUUAUAAAUUUUUUUACGAUUGUUUCAUUAGAAACAAAAAUUUAAAAUUCAUUAUGCAUUAAAAUAAUUUUGUAUUUGCAUAAUUCCAUAUAAUACAUG